AUGGCUAUCAACGAUACAGUCAAAAUAGCUGUCAUCGUGGCAUCUCCAGUCUUAUUUUUCUCCCUGCUCUUCCUAUCUGCCUAUAUAUACCGUCGUCGACGCUCAUCUGGUCGUAAGGGUACUUUCCGUCAACCUGAGAUUUCGUCACCGCCCCAGAACCAAGAGAAGGGGGUGGUAUGGGAUCCAAGUGAGAGAGAAAGAACUUUACCCCAUUGUCAUAUCUGUUAUGUCGAUCAUCGCCCGUGUGGUACUUCCAGAGCGGACAGUCAGAAAACUCUGGUAAACAAUGGGAUUUGUGAUCAAUCUCGACCGCCCUUAAUCUCGGUUCUUCCUGAUUGCAAUUCGACACUGUCUCAACCUCAUUUUCAAGAGAAGCGUAUAACAAUCCGAAGGUUAUCGAGUAAUCCAUAUCUUCCCGAUGAGUAUACUAAAGUAAAUUCGCUUUCAUCCACUUUAGGUGAAGCGAACCCUUCAUCGGAUAUUUUACCUUAUGGAGGUGGUAGAAGAUCGUCAUACGUUUCGAUGACACAGUCCUUCCUUCCAGGUGAUCCAGAGAUCGGAUGCAAAUCCCUUGCCCAGGAAAAUCAUGAGAGUGAUUCUCGAAGACUGACCGCCUUUUCUGGUGGUCUAGCCGAAAAAGAUCGAUUGUCUGUCAGGAGAGUCAGUGUGGGCGGCCAUGAAGAUGUUCUUAAUCUCAAAGUAAAAGCUCUCAACACAAAUACAGCUGUUCCACCUGCUCACUCGUGCUAUUUCACUCAACAUCGACGUUCCACAUCCACCCAGCCUCCUCCUUUACCGACCUUGGAUCCGUCUUCGACGUCUACCAAUGAAGCAGAAGAUCUUCCUUCUCCCCAUCCAUUCUCUGCAGCUUCGCUCAGGAGAAGCUCUUUUGUUUCCCAUCCUCCCAUGCAGUUCCCAGUACCUCACAUCAGAAGACCUGAACGAGCAAGUGCCAAUUCUUCAAAUCGACAACGUCCUGAAACUCUCCAAAUCGCUUCGCAACAUCCCAAUUCCUUAUCACCUGUUUCCAUCGGUACGUCAGGUCAAAGUAUGGAGCAUCGAAGGAGGAACUCGUUGAUCGUACCAACGGCAUCACCUAAUCAGGCUAUGAAAUCAGCUUCUACCUCUAUUGGUUCGCAUAUACCUGAUACAGCAAGCUCCUUCGGACACGAUCCCAUACCUCCCAAAGCACAAGAUCUCAACACUUUCCACUCUUGGCAAGGAUUCAGACCUUCAGAGCACGCCAAUGUUAUACCUCGAAUAGAGCUUCCAAUCUCACCUACUACACCUAGUGAGGGACGAAGGGGUACGCCAUCCGCUGCUUUCGCUCAACUCAACUCCAACAAUAGUAGCUCAACAACGCUGCAGGUAACUACACCGAACAGCGGGCUUGAGAGAUCGCCCAGUAGCUGUAGUAAGAUCACUUAUCUUGCUGAGGUUGUAAAAGAAGAAGAAAAACGUAUAUCCUCCAUUCGAUCUAGCCCCGAUAAUAUGUAUCCUCCUGGGGACAGGAUCGUAGGAAGUCGGAAGAGUAUGAUUGACUCUCAAGCACCAGCUCUAAGUCCUCUGAGACUGGAACGAGGAUUAGGUAUUCAUAGUGCUUUGGGUGCGGGAAUGGGAAUUGGUAUGGCUGUCGGUUUAGGUGCAGGUGAAGUAGAAGUAGAUGACGGUCAACCAAGAGCUAUAUGA